CUUUCCUACAUUUAUUAAAAAAAAAAGAUCAAUUAUACCAUUUUCAAUCACACAUCAGUAUAUACGAAACACACAACGCACCAUGGAAGACGACAUGAUAGCAGUGAAAGAAGAAGCUCCUAAAACACCUAAAGUAAAAGUCAAGAUCAAACGUAAUAAAGUACCCAGAGCGACUAGUCAAACAAAAGACAAACAAAUUAAAAUCAAACUUACAGCAAAGGAAGGAUCGUCUACUAUCUCAGGUUUUGGUUCAGAAGAUGAAGAAGAACCGGAACCUGCUAUCGAAGAACACUUGAUCUUGCGGUUACCUGAAGGUGAAAUGUGCGAUAAACUUCAUGAAUAUGUACGGAAACGGGAAAUACCUGAAGGUAUCAAGUUAAACUUUAAAGAUAGUCGACGAGGAUACUUUUAUUUUGAAGGACGAAAACAUGAAACAACAUUGGUCGAUUUACCCACCAUUAUAGAAUCACAAAAGACAUUGGACAAGAAACAGUUUUACAAGAUUGCAGAUAUUUCACAGAUGCUGGUUGUGGAUGGUGCUACCUUGGAUACACCUAUGACACAACAAAUGAAUGGUCGACAUCAUACUGAUCCUUAUAUGUAUCCUCAUGGUCUUACUCCUCCUUUGAAAUAUGUUCGAAAACGUCGAUUCCGAAAGAAAUUGUCAAAACGGGCCAUCGAAGAAGUGGAACGAGAAGUGGAACGAUUAUUAGAAGUGGAUGCAACAGCUGAAGAUGUCACAUAUGAGGUAUUCGAUAGUCGUGAAGAAAUGGAAAUGGAAUCGGACGCAGGAACUCAAGAUAUCGGUAGUGGUAACGAAGGAUCAGAUAGUGAUGCGGAUAUGAUGGCAGCUAUUGUGGAAGGAUUGGAUGAAAUCGAUGAUGAUGCCUCUGAUGAUGAAAAUGAUGAAGAAGAAGAGGAGGAGGAGGAAGAAGAGGAAGAAGAUGAAGAUGAAGAAGAAGAUAGUGAAGAUGAAGAAACAGGUCAAACAGGUGAAAUUGAACAAAAACAACAAGAAAUUGAUGAAAUUGAACAAGCCAUUGAAAGAAAAAAGAAGGAUGUUGAAACUGCACCAAAUGCUAUGCUCAAGAAACGAUUUGAAACAAGUAUUGAAAGUUUGAAGAAAGAACUGACACUCAAGCAAGCUCAUUUGGCUGAAAUGAGAAAAUAGACAAAAAUGAAUCCCUUUUCUCUUCCUAUCCCUUUUCAUAUCAUAUUCCCUUUCAUUCCAUCUCUACUUUAUAUAUAGUUUUCUUUCCUGCAUUUUUGAAAUAAAAAAAAAAGUCUCCCUUUUUUAUAAUUAUUACUUGAAAUAAAACAAACAUUUCCAUUACAUCUUUAUUUAUAUGAUA